GUGCUGUUUGUCGCGUGCUCUUACUGGAAUAAUCGUAUCUUUGUUGUUUCUGCGUAUCAUCGUUAAACGCGCUGGACUGCAUUGCGCUUUCGAAUCCGGACAGGAACUCUGUAGUCAUAACAUCCUUCAAAUUGUAGUUGAGCCCUUUGGUGAGGACUUGUUUUUCUGCUACGGAAAGUAGCAUAUUGGAUAGAUUUCGAAUCCAGUUCCCUUUGUUAGCUUCGUUAUUGUCGUGAGUCAUACCCCUUGCAAGUACUAUGACGUCUAAACUAGUAAUACUGCGAAGUAGUGUUCAGUUCGUGAUAAAAUGUAUCCUUUUCAGCCUCAGAACUGCGGUCGGUUGGAGCAUAAGUGGAAAUCCCAAACAAACUGCGUUUUGUACUACUACCUGAAUCAACCUGAGUUGAUGUCAAACGUGCUGCACAUAAACGGCUGUUCACCGGAAUCCAGUCAACCAACGAUGGCCCAGCUUUGGAGCUGAGAAUGAUACCUACCCAAGCUUGACCGCUGCUGUAUUCCCAUGAUGUCUAAUGAGUGCUUACCACCCAGUGGUGGUAGCUCAACCAGUGUGGCCCCACUACAACCAGAAGCGCCUCAAUCCGACUCUACAGAACUUAUGUAUGGAAUGCGGAAGCCAACAGUGUACAACGUGAUAGGUACGGUGAAUUUGGGUUGUCAAAUUGAACUACGCAAAGUUGUACUUCACGUUCGAAGCGCUGAGUACAAUCCAAAGCGGUUCCCUGGUGCUGUGAUUCGCUUAAGAGAACCGCAUGUCACCUGCCUUGUCUUCAGCACCGGGAAAAUGGUGUGCACAGGAGCCAGAUCGGAGUUUCAUUGCAAUCUCGGUGCGCGCAAAUGUGCUCGGAUCCUGCAGAAAAUUGGAUUCCAGACCAAAUUCAUCAAUUUCACCAUCCAGAACGUUGUCGGUCUGGCAGACCUCCGUUUUCCCAUUCGACUUGAACGUCUGUUACUCGCAAACGAACAGAUGACACAAUACGAACCUGAAAUCUUCCCCGGCCUCAUCUACCGACUAGUGAAACCUCGUUUGGUAAUGCUGAUCUUUGUCAAUGGCAAAGUGGUCAUCACAGGUUGUAAAUCCCGUGAGCAGAUGUACGAAGCCCUAAACAACGUGUAUCCCAUCCUGCACAACUAUCGCAAAACCAAUUGA